AUGGCCUUCCUGCAGAGUGGCGAGGCGGUCAGCAAAGACUUCCUGGCCACCGGAGGAGUUGCAGGGCCGGUGGCCGUCUUCGCGGAUCCUGACGCGCCGUUUGUUGUGGAGAACGAAGGUGCAGUGCUCGAGCCUGCAGACCUUGCAGUGCUGGUGCUGUCCAGCGGUCGCAAGGUCUGGUUGCUGCGGGCGACGCUGCAGUCGCUCUCUCGUGUUGACGGACUUCGGGCUUCUCAAGUCUUGGUGUCGCUGGCGGCGCCCGGACAAGCAUCCCAGCUGGAUGCCAUUGAGGAGUUUGGCUUCUUCUGUGCCGGCUUCCCUGCAAAGGGCUGGGAUCGAGGCAAGCGCAGUCUUCCAGUCUUCCAAGAGGCCGCAGCGCCGGGACCGCAUUUGCUCCGGUCCCUGACUUUUUCACUUCGCCACUUUGCAGGCAAACCACCCAAAGCCUUGGUGGUGCUGGAGGAGGGCCAAAUCUUCUCCCUGGACCUGCUCUGGUUCUUUGUUCAGCUUCUUCCCGUCAUGAGUGAGGAUGACAGCAUCCUUUGCGCCAGUGCUUGGAAUGAAAAUGGAGUGUCGCCAUACGUGGCGGAUCCUACAGUCGUGUACAGAACAGAUGGAUUUCCGCCAAUAGCCUGGAUGCUGACGCUGCCCAAGCUGCGGAAGCUGCUGGCCAUGUCCAAGGACAAGAGUUGGAAGGACUGGCUGCCAGAAUUCAUGCAGGACUCGAAGCGGCAGUGUCUAUUCCCAGAAGUGCCGCGAGUAGCGCUCGCCACAGCGGACUGCUUGCGCCAGAGCCGCCGCGGCCCGGGUGUGGAUUCCGCAGUGCUGGUUGCGACCCUGGCGCGGGCCAACCUGCCUGUGACUGCAAUGCCAAGCGUCAAAUGCACUGAAGAAGAGGUGCAGUUGCAGCGCCUAUCCGCGCGUAGCGCCAUUAGUGGCGCAUUGCGCACGCACUUGGGGGACGCGCGGCGGCUGGAGGCGGCAAGCUUCCAGGAGUGGUUCCUGUGGAGAUGGCCGGGAAGCCAGGGCAUGUUCCACAGCAAGCCGGUGGCGUCGGUUGCAGAGUUGGAGGCGCACUUGGACUACGCGCCCGUCGGAUGCUGCCGCACGCGUCCAGGAUCGCGUGCCCUUGCGAUUGGUGCUGGGCGCACAGGAUGUAUCUGGUAUAUCUGGUACAUCUGGUUCUGCAUGGGCGGAAAUAGCAGGCUACUUUGGCCUGUCCAUUGA